AUGGCCUCUUCAUCAUAUCUCAUCGUCGGAGCUGGCGUCUUUGGCGUCUCAACAGCCUACCAGCUCAUCCAGAAGUAUCCCAAUGCCUCAGUCACAAUCGUAGACAGGGACCCCUACGACGGCGACAACCGCGUGGCCGCCUCGUGGGACUGGAACAAGGUAGUCCGCGCUGACUACGAUGAUCUUCUCUACUGCCGCCUCGCUCUCGAGGCCCAGGACAUCUUUGAGUCAGACCCCCUCUGGAAGCCUCACUUCCACAAGGCGGGCGUCUUCUGGGUGUGUCGCAGCGACUACGCUCAGGAUGUCAUCAACAACUAUAAGAAGCUGGGUCGUGAAUCCGAUAUCCAGGUCUACUCCAUUGAGGAGGCCAAGAAGCUCUAUGGUGGUCUCUACGAAGAGGCUGACUACACCGGUGCCAAGGAGGUGCUUGUCAACAGGAACAGUGGCUGGGGCGCUGCAGGCGACUCCCUGCGUGCUGUGACGCGCGAGGUUAUGAGGCUGGGCGUCAAGUAUAUCGUCGCCGAUGUGGCUACAUUGCAGAUUGAGGCUGGUCGCGCUACCGGCAUCCAGACUGCCAAGGGCGAGAUCAUCUCAGCCGACACCGUUAUCCUGUCUACAGGAGCCUACACAGCCAAGCUUCUAGAAUACAGCGCCGCGCGCCACAACAUGCCCGAUCUCCGAUCUGGCGAUCGCAUCACAGCUGCUGGUAUUACCACCGGCAUGGUUACUCUGGAUGACGAGUCAUAUGCCAGGAUGAAGGACAUGCCAGUUGGAUUCCAAGGAUAUACGUACAAGCACAAGUCUCCCUUUAUCGGCAGUCUGCCACCUACACCAGAUCGCGAGAUCAAGUGGUGGGGCCGCAAUAUCUUCAGCAACACGCGCCAAGUGCUGCCAGGCCGUUUCGUUUCUGCACCACCAGACGAGAAGGACUACGCGCAGUGGAAGGUGCCCGCGAAGCUGAAGGAAGACAUUGACGAUGCCAACCGUCUGUUCUUUGGCAGCAAGGGUGCCAACUGGAAGUACGAGCACCACCGCAUCUGCUGGGACGCAUUCACAUCAAGUGGAGACUUCAUCAUCUCUCCGCACGCAGGGGCCAGGAGCCUCUACGUAGCCACAUGCGGCUCGUUCCACGGAUACAAGUUCUUCCCCGUGCUGGGCAAGUAUGUGGUGCAGAUGCUCGAGGACGAGCUGGAGCCCGAGCUCAAGGAGAAGUGGGCUUGGGACAGGGAGCGGCCCGAUGCGGCUCUCAACUGCGAGUUCCCCAACGGGGAGAUGAGGGACUUGUUAGAUCCUGUGGCCAGGCUGUAG